AUGGCGACAAUGACUGCACCUCUCUCUCCUCAGCAAAGCCGAUCAGAGCGAUCCGAAAGACCUCGCGCCACUUCCAUGCUGAGCUAUUCGUCGCUCCAUUCCCACAAAACUGGCAGAACGAAAGAGGAUAAGAAACUUGAGUUGGUAGAGGCAGCCAAAGACAAAAAAAGGCUUGCAGGGAAAGCAGAUCCCACAAAAGCUCUGCAGGAAGAACAACCAGCUUCUUAUGGUGGUUACGAUUCGUCGACCAAACGCACAAGCUAUUAUGGCGCUCCAACUCAAGUUAGCACAGCAUACGCGCCGAACGGACGAUAUUCACAGCGACCUAUAAAUGGUCAAGGCGGAUACUACAGGAACAGUACUCAUGGAGGGCGCUCAGAUCUUGUCGACGAGAACGGACCUCAAGGUCAUCCCCGUCAUGGACGAUACGUCUCAGCACCCUACAACAUGCAAACAGGAGAAUCACCACAGAGCUUCCAUUCCCACCAACAAUCUUACGAGACCAUGACCAGCGGAUCUGACGAGAUGUCGAAAAGCACCAACCCCAGUUCGCAAAACAGCUCAUUCGAUCAAAUACACCAGAUUAAUAACUACAAGAAGCAAGAUCACGGAUAUGAGGGUAACCAAUACCGGCAACACGGUGGACCUAUGCGCAAUCCGUAUCCACCCUCUGCCAUGCCUAAUGGAUAUGGCAACCACAUGAGCGGACCAACAGACGAUUAUGGCGUCGCGUUGCCACAGUCGGGGCCCCAACCACCACCGAAGGCGCCAAUAGCUCUAAACAGUGGCAGACCUCAGAGGACCAACCCAAUCACGCCUCCGGAGGAAACCAAAAGAAAAAGUUGGAUCAAGAGAACGUUCUCGAAGAGGAAUUAG